AUGUUAUUUAAGACUAACAAUCUUGUUCGUGUCAGAGGAAGGAAGAGUAAGACUCCUUUGCACUAUGUAAGUAAAGUUGCAAACCAGGACUUCUUUCUGGAUAGGUUUCUAGAGGCUUGCCCUGAUAGUAUCCUGGAUGUUACAACUCAAAAUAGCACUGCUUUGCAUAUAGCCGUGGAAAACAGAAGGCUAGAUGUUCUCCAAGUCCUACUUAGGACACUUAUGAAGACAGCCUAUCAUCGAGAAGUGGUGAAUCGAAAGGAUGAAAAUGGCAACACAGCACUGCACAUAGCAGCUAGCAGCAAUGAGGCCCAGAUGCUUAAACUACUAUUAAACUGCAAGGCUGAUAAGCAUGCCACUGAUCAAGCUGGUUUGACGGCACUGGGUGUUUCCCAUCAACAUGGUUACACAGAAAGCAUUACUGGUUUGCGUGGUUGCUUUAUUCAAGUUGUUUCAAAGUUUAUACCUAAGUUGGAGAAACAAACCGCCAGUUAUGUCACCAAAGCAUCGUCACUGAUUUUCCGUGAUAUGGAUAAUAUAUCAGGCGAGAACCGUAAUGCAUUACUGGUAAUUUUAGGAUUAAUGCUUCUAACUGCAACCUACCAAGCCACACUUAGCGCGCCUGGUGGUGUUUGGCAGGGUGGAAACGCCUCAAAGAAAUUGGGGAUAUCUAUCAUGGACCCUUCCCAGACAGCACUUCAAGUGCUACUUGCUUUUCUUGCAGUAUGCUUUCACCAAUCAAUAUCUUUCAUUGUCCCAACCUCUUCAGCAUCAAUAAUUCUCUCUCCUCUCGGGGAUCGUUUUCAUCUUAAUGGCGUUCAUGUGUAUCGCAUAUCAAGUGUCGAAAUUCAGUGUUUCGAUAGUGGGAUGUUGGAUUUUACCAUUUCACUUCUCAGAAUCAAUAGGAUCGUGGUUAGUCUUUCAUCUAUGUCGAUUCUGCAUAAAGCGGAGCACUAA